UGUAACGGACGUGUUUUUUGUGUUCUUUGCUAAAAUCUAAUUUAUUAUAGUAAUUAACUGCGAAACGAUGCCUAAUUACUGCAGUGCUUGCAAUAAUAAAGUAACCAGUGCGCGAAAGAUGCAGUGUUCACAGGUCAAAUGUGGAAAAGUAUAUGACCUAGUAUGUCUUGGGUUCAAACAAAAGGAUUUUGACUUGUUUACGGAGGAGUACAAGCGACUAUGGGUAUGUCCUGAAUGUGUUAAUACUAAACCAAAACAUUUCGACUGUAACACACCUGUUCGUGCAUUGGACCAGCUGAUGAUCACACCAAAUUCAGAAUCCAAUGUUACUAUACAACGCGGGUGUCGGAGUAAGCAAUCAGAUGGCUUAUCUGUAGAUUUUGAAAAAAGGUUCAUGGCCGAAAUAAGAGAAAUGCGUUUAGAACUGACAAAUAGAAUGGAUACUCAAGAUACAACAAUUAAAUGUAUCAAAGAUUUAUGCUAUUCGACAAGACAGGAUUUGCAAGAAUUCAAAUCAGACUUCGAAUCUUUUUUAAACCAGCAUAGCAUACCAUCUAAUUCAAUACAUACCCAGUUUACGGCUUUAUGUAACCGUUUCGAAUCAUCCGUUAAUAAAUUGGAAUACAACACAAACCACAAAACACCUGAUCAUACGGCUGGCAAAUUGCUCACAGCAACAACAGCGACUGACACUGACAUAAUCGCGAGCGCAAGUACCCUCAAAACGGCGGAAAAAAUGCAGCGUGGGGCCACGAAGUCAGCGAAAAAAUUUUUCGGUGACGCAUCGCAAAGCGAACAUCAAAGUGUAAAUGAUGUACAAAACCUGGAGACCACACGCGUUUCUAAGAAAUCUGGGGCUGAUUUGGGUGAAUGGAAAGCAACCGACAUGAGAAAUGCUAAACAUUCCACUAAAACUAAAACAACCAACAAACAGGAAACGAGGAAACAGGGUAAAAAUACUACAGAGAAUGAGUCUAUGAUAAAUGAAUUUGUAUUAACGCCAGUAAAAGAAAUAAGCGAGAUAAAUAAUGUGAGUUUAAGGAGUGAAAAGAUCCAGUCAACGGAAGUAAAAAGAGGUAAAAAUACAGAGUUGGUAAACAUCAAAGGUCAAGAGCGAAAUAAAAUUCUUCACGUAUGGCGUCUAACACCAGAUACUACAGUGGAAAUGUUGUCAUCUCAUGUAAAAAUGAUGUGCGGUUCGGAAAUCAUAAUAAGAAUUGAAAAGAUAAGGCAUAAGACGCAAAGAAACUAUUCAUCAUUUAUUAUCACCUUGCCCGAAAAAUAUUAUGACAAGCUCUGUCAACCGGAAGUUUGGCCUGUUAAUGUGGAAUUUGCGGAAUGGGUUUGGUUUCGGAGAGCUACAAACUUACCCAUUGACAAAGUAUAG